AUGGACCUCUUAAAUGUGAGUUCUCCGCACACACUGGGCCUUGCUCACCUCCACGAUUUAACCUCGCAGUUAAAUCCCUUUUCAAGGUUUUUAUUCGUCCUUCAGCGAAGCGCUGUCAACGCCUCCCUACGUCUUUCCGGGUUGGAGUACCAGAGGGCGCUCCUCCCACCCGAAGAGGAAGCGACUCGGGCCAACCUAUCCGGGUUGUCCCACCCCUUUUUCCUUCCGGGCCAAUCGUAUGUAGUUUUGACGACAAAGCAUCAUGAAGGCUUCACAAACUGGCCGAGUCCUGUGUCUUGGAACUGGAACUCCAAGGAUGUGGGGCCUCAUCGGGAUUUGGUUGGUGAAUUGGGAACAGCUCUCCGNNUAAGGAACAUCCGCUAUGGACUAUACCACUCACUCUUAGAGUGGUUCCAUCCACUCUAUCUACUUGAUAAGAAAAAUGGCUUCAAAACGCAGUAUUUUGUCGGUGCAAAAACAAUGCCAGAGCUGUACGACCUUGUUAACAGCUAUAAACCUGAUCUGAUCUGGUCUGAUGGGGAGUGGGAAUGUCCUGAUACUUACUGGAACUCCACAAAUUUUCUUUCCUGGCUCUACAAUGAUAGCCCCGUCAAGGAUGAGGUGGUAGUAAAUGACCGAUGGGGUCAGAACUGUUCCUGUCACCAUGGAGGAUACUAUAACUGUGAAGAUAAAUUCAAGCCACAGAGCUUGCCAGAUCACAAGUGGGAGAUGUGCACCAGCAUUGACAAGUUUUCCUGGGGCUAUCGUCGUGACAUGGCAAUGUCUGAUGUUACAGAAGAAUCUGAAAUCAUUUCGGAACUGGUUCAGACAGUCAGUUUGGGAGGCAACUAUCUUCUGAACAUUGGACCAACCAAAGAUGGAUUGAUUGUUCCCAUCUUCCAAGAAAGACUUCUUGCUCUUGGGAAAUGGCUGAGCAUCAACGGAGAGGCCAUCUAUGCCUCCAAACCGUGGCGGGUGCAAUGGGAAAAGAACACAACAUCUGUAUGGUAUACCUCAAAGGGAUCAGCUGUUUAUGCCAUUUUUCUGCAUUGGCCAGAAAAUGGAGUCUUAAACCUUGAAUCUCCCAUAACUACCUCAACUACGAAGAUAAUGAUGCUGGGAAUUCAAGGAGAUCUGAAGUGGUCCACAGAUCCAGAUAAAGGUCUCCUCAUCUCUCUGCCCCAGUUGCCACCCUCUGCUGUUCCUGCAGAGUUUGCUUGGACUAUAAAGCUGACAGGAGUGAAGUAAUCAUUUGAGUGCAAGAAGAAAGAGGCGCUGCCUGCUGUUUUGCUGCUUCAGUUUUCCUCUUAUAAUAUCAUCACUAUCAACGAACUUCUCUGCUCCACCCAGAGAUGGCUUCUCCAACGCAUUUUAAUCAAAGGAACUGAGUACAUUACUCCGAUGUCUUAAUGGACCAAAGAUCUGAGAUCCAUUGCGAUUAUAUCUGUAUCAGGUCAGCAGAAGAAGGGACUGAGCAGUUAAACUCUGAGUUCAUCAAUUCUAAUAUUUGAAAUUAUCUACAAUGGAAUCUUCCCUCUGUUCUCUGAUAACCUACUUGCUUACUCAAUGCCUUUCAGCCAAGUCACCCUGUUGCCUAUGGGAGGAGGUGGAAAGGAUUUGGCAAGCUCAGCCACAUGCUAUUUAGUUAGCAUCAGUUGUCACCAACACUAUGCAAAGGGCAGGAGAGCCUUGGGGGAAAGGAAAAGGCUAACCAAGCUGCUAUGGUCAACUCUUCAGAAAUUUCCAGAGCAAUCUAAGAGCACCAAACAAAAUUCGCUAUGUUUACAGUGAUACUAUUAAGAAAAUGAAUGUGAUUCUGCUCUGUCUUUUUAAAUAUGAUCAAAUAAAAAAAAGUGUGCAUCACAUCAUUUCUACCAAAAAAAA